AUGCUCCUGUUUGCUCAACUACAUCAAAGACAACCAAAACGACUGGCUCGCCCAAGCAACUCCUUCCUUCAGCAAAGAAUAGGGAAUUCUGAUCGGCUUCGGAAAAAUGCUUUUGACAGAACAACUGCUCGCUGGGAACCUUCCUGCAGUCUGAGUUCCAACUUCCGGGUAAGUGACGGACGUGGACUACAUUUCCCAGAAGUCUCAGGAGCACAGAGCUUUCGGGCGCGGGGCGAAUUUGCAGGAGGAGAGCAUUUUCUUGGACCUGGUUCCCAACUCCGGACUGUUUCCCGGCUCUCAUUUCCCAUAAGCCUCUGUAUCCACACACACAUCGGACUUUGGGGUUCCUUUCCCUUGUCCUCAAGUUCUUGGACACCGAGCGGAAUCGGUGACCUUCGGGGAUGUGGCCAUCGACUUCUCUCCAGAGGAGUGAGGUGCCUGGACCCUGGUCAGAGGGACCUGUAUGUUGAUGUGAUGUUGGAGAACUACCACAACUUGGUGUCACUGGAUUUGGAGUCAACAUAUGGAACAAAAAAUGUGUUUUCUGGAAAGAAUAUUUUUGAAAUAAAUUUUUUCCAAUGGGAGAUAAAGGAAAAAAAUAAAACCCUUGGCCUAGAGGCAUUCAUUUUCAGGGAUAAUUGGAAAUACAAAAGCAAAGCUGAAGGACUACAGGAACAUCAAGAGGGAUACUUUCAUCAGAUGCUAAGAAGCAAUGAAAAAAUACACGCAUACAAAAAAAGCAAAUCUCAUAUCCCACAUCAACGAAUUCAUAAUAGAGAGAAAACUUCUGUUUGUAAGUAAUGUGGGAAAGCUUAUAGCCAUGACUCCAAACUUGUCCAACAUGAGAGAACUCACACAGCUGAAAAGCAUUUUGAAUGUAAAGAGUGUGGGAAGAACUUUUUUAGUGCCUAUCAAUUUACUGUGCAUCAGAGAUUUCAUACUGGUGAGAAACCCCAUGCAUGUAAAGAGUGUGGAAAGGCCUUUAGUUGUGGUUAUCAUCUUACUCAGCACGAGAAAAUUCACACUGGUGUGAAAUCUUAUGAAUGUAAGGAAUGUGGGAGGCCUUCUUUUAGGGCUCAAGCCUUGCUAAACAUAAGGUAAUUCAUACAGGUGAGAAACUAUAAAUGUAGAGCAUGUGGGAAGGCUUUCAGUCAUGGUUAUCAAAUAACUCAGCAUCAAAAAAUCCAUACUGGUAAGAAACCUUAUGAAUGUAAGGUAUGUGGACAGGCUUUUUGUUGGGGUUAUCAACUUACUCGACAUCAAAUAUUCCAUAC